GCGGACGCGUGCGGUUGUGUAUUGAUUGGGAUUCUUUGUUAGUUUUCAUUUUGGACCGCUUUGAAAAUAAUCAUUUAUCCAUAAUCGUAUAAUGAUAAAUGUGUGCGAGCGCGUAAUAGUUUUCGUAUAAGAUAAAAUUUUAAUAGGCGUAGUUUUUGACGUAUUGAAAUUUGUAUUAUAUAUUAUAUUUUUAUAUAUUUUAUAUACCUAUCAUAUCAAAUACGAUCUACGAGUAGUCACCCCAUCGCCAACUUUCGGAGAUUUGGCAAGUGAAUCGAUAUUAAUGCUAAUAUAAUAAUAUAAUAUUACAUCGGUACGCCGGUGUUGUUGACACGUGUUAUAUCAAACAUAAAUGACUGUUGCUUGGCGUACGAUAACAUGCUAACGGCCCGAAUGUUCGUCGAGCCUAUGCCGUUCAAAUUAUCGGUUGUUCGAUGGUUACUUUUGGCCAUUAGUGUGCAAAACGUUUUUUCAAGACCCGUUCAAGAAUCCAGCAAUACGCGUCGACGGAUCCGGUCAACGCCAAUAUACGAUGAUGUGCAAGGGUAUUUGAUGAAGUUCGGUUACUUGCCAGAAUCAGAUCUAGAAACAGGCAACUUGAGGGAUGGAAAUCAACUACACGAUGCUUUACGGACAUUGCAGACGUUUGGAAACAUUCCUGUCACCGGUAAAAUGGAUGCAGCUACUAAAGAGUUAAUGAAAAAACCAAGAUGCGGCGUUCCCGAUAUAUCACAGACUGCGAGUCAGCGGCGGACUAAACGCUAUACUCUGCAAGGUCAAAAAUGGCAUCACGUCAACUUGACGUGGAGCUUGCGGACAAGGCGCUUGGAUAAGGUAGACCACGGAUGGGUUAGGUCGGACUUGAACAAAGCGUUUCAAGUGUGGUCCAAGUAUUCCAAACUCACGUUCCGAGAAGUUAACAGCGAAUCUGCGGACAUACUGGUGUUUUUCGAAAAAGGUUACCAUGGCGACGGAUAUCCGUUUGACGGGCCAGGUCAAGUGUUAGCUCAUGCAUUCUUUCCGGGUACUGGACGAGGGGGUGACGCUCAUUUCGACGAGGAGGAAGAAUGGCUGGUAGCUGAUAAGACAAGCAAAGACGGAACUAGUCUGUUCAGGGUGGCCGUUCACGAAUUUGGACAUUCACUCGGUCUUUCACACUCGUCGGUACAAGACGCAUUGAUGUUUCCGUGGUACCAGGAAAUGCAAUCCGACUUUGAACUUCCCAAUGACGACCGAAUCGGUAUACAGGUCCUUUACGGUGCGAAAGAUGACAAGAGCUGGGGUGACAUACCAGUGUACAGACCGACUUCACAAAGACCGGUUCUUUCGACCACCGUUCCGACUACUACAGAGGUUACCAGGUCCACGACCGUGACCAGUUAUACUACACCUGUGACUCCCACGAAAUCCACUACCAGCAGGACAAUACCGCCGAGACGACCGGAUGUUGCAGUGGUCGUUGAUGAAAAACCGGACUUUUGCAAUACAUCCUUCGAUGCAGUGUCGAUCAUACGGAAAGAGACGUUCUUCUUCAAGGGCAAAUAUACAUGGAGACUAGGUUCCAAGGGACUAUACGCCGGAUAUCCGGCUCUGAUCGCCCGGCUGUGGUACAACCUACCCGAAAAUAUGACCCAGGUGGACGCCGUGUACGAAAGACAAGACGGCAAGAUUGUGUUUUUCAUAGGUCGCAAUUAUUACGUGUUCGACGGCAACAAUCCGCUGCCAGGAUACCCGAAACCGUUGACGGCGCUCGGACUACCCGACGAGUUGGACCACGUGGACGCGGCGUUCGUCUGGGGUCACAACAGCAAAACGUACAUAUUCAGCGGCACAAUGUACUGGAGGUGCGAUGACGAAACGGGCAAGAUGGAGCUGGACUACCCACGGGACAUGUCCAUAUGGCGGGGAGCGGGGUACAACAUCGACGCGGCGUUCCAGUGGCACGACGGAGCGACGUACUUCUUCAAGAACCGCGAUUUCUGGAAGUUCAACGAUCUCAGGAUGCGCGUCGAACAGGAAGAGCCCAGAUCGAUCGGCGCGUUUUGGUUCAACUGUACUGCGGCGGGCACCGGUGAUCGGUGGCCUGUCAUCAAAAACAAGGGCCGGACGACUGGUCAGAAGGGCAUCGGGGGUCGAUUUCGAAGCGCCGACGACGGACCGUUAGGUGGCGACAACGUAGGCUCUUCGAGGUCCAUCGCCACGGAUCAUACGCCACCGCCGAUCGUGGCGUGGUCGGUCACGAUGGCGUCGCUAGCGACAAUCGCUCGUUGGGCGCGGUGAAAGUCGCCACACGAAAAACCAACCGCGUUCGUCAUCAUAUUAUGUAUAAUGUAUUUAUAAUAUUGUAAUAGCUAUUGUGAUGUAUAAAUGUAUAAUUAUUCUCGGCGUCCGGCAAAGUUCCGGUUGUCGAGUGUGACGAUUUCGGGACAACGAAAAUCGCGAUUCUAUCGAGUCAUUCGACCAAAUAAUAAUAUAAUGUAACUGAUGUGUCUGAUGUAUUAUAUGUUAUACGGUCUGAGUAGUGCGACUACCGGCAGUGUCGAUUUGGGCCUAUCGGAUACACGAGAUUCGCAAAACGUUAUUAGAAACUUUUAUAAGAAUUUUGAUAAUUCCAAAUUCGAAUAAACAGUUUUUUUAUUUGUUAAAAAUUUUACACAAAGGAUUUUUAAUGUCCUUAAAAAUUGGAUAUUUUAUGUUUAUUAUACUUUGAUCAUUUUUACAAAUUAUAGAUAUCGAAAGAUAAAUAUUAAUUACCUACUUAAAUGUUUUACUCACCGCUAUAGCCCCCAUAUGUUUCUAACCCAUCAUCAUGGACUUAUCUAUUAUUUUUAAGUACACAAAGUCAAAUAACUCAAAAAUUACUCUUUCAAAUUUUGAUCUUGGUACGUCAACAUUUUCAAUAAAAUUAUCCACUAAAUGAAUUACAGUUUGUAUCUCCAGUCUCCGCGGGACAAUUCUUAAGUAGUACACAAAUUUCAAUAGUUUAAAAAUAUAAUUUUUAAGGAUAGAUAUAUUAAAAAACUCCAAAAAUUAGAUUUUGAAUAACUGUAUUAUUGAUGAAAAAAGAAAAAGUAAACUAUGAGCAUAUUUGGUGAUCAACCUGUAUUUCCAAAUAUAGUGAAAUAUACCGAAUGAAACGGUGCACCCCAGACCACUUGUUUGCUGUAAGUAAUUUUUCGAGUUUUUAUAAAGACGGUAUUCCGAUCGUGUUUUUAGACCUUUAAGCCAAUCACUCGCACGUGCAAGGUACAGUAGUGUUGUGGCUAAAUUUUAUCGUCAUCAAACUCUACGUUGUUUAUUGAAUUUUGUGAUAUUUUUUCUAUCAACAUUAUUAUAUUAUAUACCUAUUUAUGUAAAUAUAUUUACUAUAUAUGUUAAAAGGUAUUUGAUUUAUGGAUAUUAUAUUAUUGCGUUUUUAUA